GAUGCGAGCGGUAGAUGGUGCUUGAAAUGGGACCAUCUGAUGUUUGUGUUUGAGUGCGAUAGAAACAGAAUGCAAUGUGUUUAAAAGGCUGGGCACAUAUGCAUCGUUCGAGUGAACCGUAAAUCAGCAGUGAUUUGUGAUUGAUGUUAUUGAAGGGUGGCGCACAUUGUUAAUUAUAGAUCGGCGACAAUACGGCAACGAUAAUGACCUGAGGUAUGAGACAUAUCGUAGAGUCCAGAGUGUCGAGUGUACGAGAGAUAGAGGGAAAGAGAGAGAGAGAAUUGCGCGUCAAACCGAAUACAUAUACGAUACGAGGACAGUAGUCACAGGAGAGCCCAUCAUUUUUGUAUUCGUAGUCGGCGAGGAGAAGGAGACAGACAGAGAGAACUGUGGUGUUGUCGAAGAAAACUCCGUGCGUAAGGGAGUGAGUACAGUCCUGUCGUGCCGCAUCAACUCUAGCAACACUCCAACGAGUGUUGUGAUAUCGGGCGUACUGCUUGGAAAUGGCGGACGAGCACAGCAGCGAUGAUUCCUCAGACAUCGAGAACAAUCCCAGUGAGCUGCAGGGUGUACUGAGCAAGUGGACGAACUACAUACACGGUUGGCAAGAAAGGUACAUCGUCCUGAAAAACGGCACCCUCUCAUACUACAAGAGUGAACAGGAGAGCGGUUACGGGUGCCGGGGGGCCCUCACGCUCGCCAAAGCCACCAUCAAACCUCAUGAAUUCGACGAGUGCCGUUUCGAUGUUUCCGUCAAUGACUGCGUGUGGUACCUCAGGGCGGAGACUGUGGACAGCAAACAGCACUGGGUUGAAGCGCUCGAAUCCUACAAGGCCGAGUCUGGAUAUGGGUCGGAAAACAGCUUGAAACGACAUGGAUCGUCCAUGAGCUUGCAGUCAAAUACGUUCAGCACGACAUCGAGUACGAGCUUCAAACGGACGGGUCGUAAUUUGCAGGAAAAGCUGGCCGAGCUUCAGACCUUCAAGGAUAUCCUCUGCAGGCAGAUCGACACCCUCCAGAGCUACUUUGAUAUGUGCGCAGAGAAUGAGGACUCGCGAAACGCAUUGCAGAUCAACGGAAUCGUGAACGGGAACAAAAGUAACUUGCCAAUUGAUUUCAAAGGUGAAGCCAUCACUUUCAGGACAACAACGGCUGCAGUUUUGGACACUGUAGCUCAUUGCGUGGAUUUGGUGCAACAGCGAGAAGAUUCUUGGUUGAAGAGGACUGAAAGGGAGUCGGAGAGACGAAGGCGAAGCGAAAAAAUUGCCAGGAAUUACUAUGAUCAGCUGAACAAUGUACAUAAUAUACACCAAGGUCCAGAUUUGGAG